UGUCGCCGUUUAAAAAUUCGCCACAAAGGCAGGAGGCAAGAAAGCUCCGGUGAUUCCUUCUCCUCCCGGCGCUCUCCAACUACUUCCCGCUCCGUCUCAAUUUCGAGAUCCAUUUCGAUCCGUAACCGCCACUUCUGCGAGGUGAGAUUUGGAGAGAAACGAUGGGAAUCAUAGAAACAGGAACUGUAUCAGGUAACUUGCCGAGCAAGGAGACGUUUGUAAUGCACUACCCUGGUUAUCCAUCUUCUAUCUCCCGAGCCCUAGAGACUCUUGGAGGAAUCCAAGGGAUCACAACGGCAAGAGAGUCAACGUCGAACAAGCUUGAGCUGCAUUUUCGCCCUGAAGACCCUUAUGCACAUCCUGCGUGGGGAGAGAGACGUCCUUUUAAUGGUUUUCUGUUGAAAAUUUAUAAGGAGGAUGUUAAGAGAGUUCCUGAAACUCAUCCUGUUCUUGCCACUAGCGGUGCAUGCCCAUCUCUCUGUGCUGAUAUUGUAGCUCGUGUGUCUGAAUCGUAUUGCUUCGAUGGCAUGGUUGACUACCAGCAUGUUAUUCCUAUUCACGCGGAUGUAGCACAGCAGAGGAAGAGGAAAUGGAUGGAGGUGAAGCCGCUUGCAGGAAACGAUGAUCUCAUGGACAUGGCUGAUGAAGAUGUAAUGAUGUUAUUGCCGCAGUUCUUUGCACCCAAAGAUAUGCCAGACAACUUGGUGCUGAAACUUCCAGGAACAUCGGGUCCAAAAAAGAAAGAUGAGGCACCAACUCAAAACCUUUGUGAGGACGAUAUUGGCCCAGUAUUUGCAAUUGAUUUCAGUGUCAACGAGAUCCCAAAGGUAUUAAACUGGGAAGACUUCAUUGUUCCCAGCUCCGACCAAUGGCAAUGGCAAUCAGCAGUGUCUGCAUUGUUUGACGAGCGACCUGUGUGGACAAGAGAUUCCAUAGUCCAACGACUACUUGACAAAGGUCUUAAAUGCACACAUCACAUGCUAAACAGGUUUCUUCUUCGGUCUGCAUAUUAUUUCUCGGGUGGUCCUUUUCUUAGGUUCUGGAUUAAAAGAGGCUAUGAUCCACGGAAAGAUCCUGAGUCUCGUGUAUACCAGAGAAUGGAGUUCAGGGUUCCACCUGAAUUAAGGGGUUAUUGUGAUGCCAAUGCAAGUAACAAGUCAAAGCGAAGCUGGGAAGACAUUUGUGCUUUUAAAGUUUUCCCUUUCAAAUGCCAAACAUUUCUACAGCUAUUUGAACUUGAAGACGAGUACAUUCAGAGAGAGAUAAGAAAGCCUCCCAAGCAAACUACUUGUAAUUAUAAAACAGGAUGGUUCUCAGAAGCGCUGCUUGAUAAUCUGAGGCUCCGUGUAGCUGUGAGGUUUGUAUCUGUGUUUCCUGAGCCAGGUUUCGAAGAUGUAUUUAAAUCUAUUCAAGAUGAGUUUGAGAGGUCAGAGAAGACAAGAAUUCAGAAAGAUUCACUGACAUCUUGCAAACCAGAUCACCUCGAAAAAAUUAAAGGUGGGGAAGAUACGAAAAAGAAUAAAAACACAAACAAAGAGAAAGAGGUAUCAGCGGAUGAAGAUGCUGAAGACGUGGAUGAGGAGUACGAGGAACUCGAUGUGGCUGUAGAUGAUGAUGAUGAGAUAUCGUUAAGUUCGCAUGGAUAUGGUGAGAUGGAGAACAACAACUCGAGAACGUAUCUCCAAGGAUUGUUCGAUAGAUUUCCAAGCAGCAAACCAGCCUUGGAUGGUACUGAUAGCGAUGGAGAGUAUCAGAUCUACGAGCAAGAAUCAAACGCUUUGGAUGAUGAUGACGAAGAUGAUGGUGACGAUGAUGAUGAAUGAAGAUUUUGGAACAUAAUGUGUAUUUUCGUUGUAAUUAAGAGACUAGUAGAAGACACAAUCAGGUAUCUGUAAUGUAAGGAGAUAACGUAAGUGUAGAGUAACUAACUAAACUCAACAACAAGAAGACUAUGUACACACGACUACGUACGUGGUGAGUUAGCUCAAGAACACCGCCUGUAUCGGUGAAAACAAAAUUAAACUAUAUAUAAUCAAUAUGUUUGGAUCA